UCAAGGAAAUUCUUGCGCGGUAGUUGGAACAACAAGUUGUUUUCCUCAUCAUUUAUUACCCCAGUAGAUUUUCUAAAUGACAUUUGGUUCACUUUUUUUGGUGACCUUUUUUCUUUAUAACAAGUAAGAGCUUUAAAAAUUGUGUUUUCGUGUCAAAGGCGAAAUUUUUUUGUCUUUUGUAAUAUAGCUGAAGUGAAAAUUUUCAUUAUUCUCGCUGUUUCUUGCAAACUGAGAUCCCGAUACAUCCGUGAACAUGAAAAUUAUAUCAAAAGACAAACUAAAUGAUUAUAAAUAAAUGAUUGCAAAGCGACUAUUAAUUGAGGUGUUGAAGUGAAAACUAGUCGAGUUAUCAACGCUUUGUUUUUCCUGUUUGCACUCCCCAAAUUAUCUUCUCGUUGUGUUUGGAUUGAAGAAAUUUAUACUAGAUUAUAUUUUUAAUUUUUCUCGCCCAUCCUUGUAUCGAGAAAAACAUAUUGCGAUUAGCAGACAUAGAGAGAAAAAUAAUGUCACGUAAUGAUAAUGGAUAAACUCUGGAUAAUCUCAUUAAUUCUAUCAACUGCACAUAAGACAAAUGGACAAUCAAGUGUGGAAGUUCAAUUGAUUACAAAGAAGUAUGUUGAAAAAGGUUCAAGUACAACACUUUAUUGUCGUCAUAAUGUUGACAUGGAUAUUCUCUAUAAGGUGGCUUGGCUUCGAAGCAGUGAACACAAAUUUUUCGAAUACAUUAACAAUCGAAUUCCACCUUACAGAAAUUUUUCAACGCCCGGAGCUGACAUUGACUUUUCAAAAUCCAAUGAGAGUCAAGUGACGUUGAUGAAUGUAGACUUUGAUGCGACAGCUGGAUAUUAUUGUGAAGUUUCGAUCGACAAUCCGAUUUUUACGAAAGCAUCAAAUGAAGAACAUAUUCAUGUUAUCGUUAAGCAAACUGGUUCCCCGAAAAUCUUAUUUAAGAAGAAAUUGUUUGUCGUGGGUGAAAAUCUAAUAGCAAAUUGUACAACAACUCGUGCAAAGCCGCAUCCCCACAUCACUUGGCUAAUUAAUGGUAAAAAGGUUGAUGAUAUUUAUACGAAAACUCUUCACCCUUAUUCGUGGAGUUCGAAAUACAAUCGAUCAAAACCUCAUCACAACAAUGUUCAACAAUCAACCCAAAAUAAAAGUGAUUUUAAUGAUAUACGAGGUGCAAUGUAUGGAAAAAUGACAAAUACAGCUCAAGAAUCUAAAGGUAAUCGACUUUUCUUCGGCUUCAACUACCAACCCCGAGAUAGAGCUAUAUAUCGUUUGAGUAGUUUCGAUAAUAUCAUAGCACAAAGCGAUAGAGGUCUAUUUGAUUCUGGCGAAGAGAGAACACGAGAAUCGGAUGUAAAUCUCUAUGACAAUAAGCACUUCGACAACUUCAAAAUCCACAGAAAUGCUUUGAAUGAAUUUCACAAAAUUCGAAGACACCUCAAGGAACCGAGAACUUCCAAGCAAACCAACAGCAUCAAACUUGUCAUGAAUCGAGCCACUUAUUCAAGCAGUCAACUUAGUAUUAAAGUCUCAGAAUUACAUGCUGAUACCAAUGGACGAUUGGAAAUUUCAUGUGUGAGCACAAUACCAGCAAAGAUAGGACAAGGAGAAAUGUACGCUGAUUACAAGUCGUACAGUGUUAAGAUCGAUGUGAAAACAGCCGAUCCAACAACUACCAAUCCACCAACUGUAGGAAUGGCAGCAUUAGGAGGAUGUGCCCAAAUACAAGUCAACAUUUUCAACUUAAUAAUAUUUCUCGUGUCACAAUGUCUACCAUUUUCAAUUUUCUACUCUUUUCUAUCAAUGUAAGCUUUACAAAAAAUCUAAGAAAUACCUUAAUCAUGAAUUAUAUAGAUAUAUCAAAUUAUUAACUAUCAAAAAUUCAACUCUGUCAAUUUACAAUAAGGAAACAACUUAUAUUAAGUAUUUUUUAAAAAUUCUCUUUUCUAAAAGCAUUUAAAAAAUCAUAGUAACGUUUUUAUCUUGAAAGGAGCUUUGAAGUAUUUAUGAAACUCAAGAAAGAAUCUAAAGUGAAAGAAAUGAUAAUGAAAUAAUAUAUGAAGACAUAUCGUAAAUUUAAAUGUAUAUUUUAAGAUUGAAAUUUACAUUUGAUGUGAAUAAAGAAUGAAGAAAUAAACAUUUCGAUGAAUUAUAAU